UGCUUUUCUGUUUGCGUAAGACCAAAGGGGGGAGACUUGAAAUCUUUUACCGUUCAGUGAGAAGUUUGUAGCCAUUAGUCUGUGUGGGAAAAAAAGCUAAAACUAGAUCUCGUAAUUUUAUUGUAUAGUUGUAGUUGAGUACCUUGACAGUAAACGGGCUAAGGAAUAGUCAUUUGUUCACUUUGUAUUGCGUUGUGAAUAGUUAACCUGUGGUUACCUACCUAGCAUAAGCAAACGAUAGCCUCAGAUAUUUGUUUGCUAAAUAUGCAGAGGGCCACUCGUCUUAAACGUGAACUUCAGAUGCUCACGACUGAGCCACCCCCUGGAAUAUCAUGUUGGCAAUCAGAUGAUCAAGUUGAUGACCUUCGAGCUCAAAUUGUUGGGGGUGCAAACACGCCAUUCGAAGGAGGCUUGUUCGCUCUGGAGAUCAAAAUACCUGAAAGGUACCCUUUUGAACCACCCAAGAUUCGCUUCCUGACUCCAAUAUAUCACCCAAACAUUGACAACGCUGGGCGCAUUUGUCUGGAUGCACUAAAACUUCCACCUAAGGGUGCUUGGAGACCGUCUCUCAACAUCUCCACAGUACUCACCUCUAUCCAGCUGCUUAUGGCCGAGCCUAAUCCAGAUGAUCCGCUCAUGGCAGACAUUUCAUCUGAAUUUAAGUACAACAAGCAAGUCUAUCUGGACAAAGCCAAGAGUUGGACAGAAAAACAUGCCAUCCAGAGAAAUAAUGGUCAGGUCAAAUCUGGAGAAAAGGCUACCGAACUUUUAAGUAAAGACUAUUCUCGCAAGAGAGAGCCUCUCAAGGAACAGCCACAAGAGUCUAAGAGAGUCUGUCUGUAGUUUAGCUCUUAAUGAUUGUUUAACCUUGUAAUAUUUGUGUUUUGUUUGUUAUGAGACACACUAGUCUAUUCAUCUGAUGAAUAUGACCGUCUGCUUUUACAUUUCCUUUGUGUCUGUGUUCUGGAUUUUCAUUUUAAUAUGUUGCUAAAUCAUUUAUGGAUCUUUUCUUUCUUGCCCAUGUAAAUAAAACAUUUUGAGGUA